AUGGACCUGGACAGUAAACGUCUGUUGGUGGUGGUACCAAAUGAAGCGCUGGUGCCCUCUCGCAGGGUGUUCAGCAGCGAGGAUGAGGCGUGGAGGAGUUACUUGGAGAACCCACUGACUGCUGCCACUAAGGCCAUGAUGAGCAUCAAUGGAGAUGAGGACAGCGCAGCAGCACUGGGACUGCUGUACGAUUACUACAAGGUCCCCAGAGAGAGGAGACGCACCUCCAAUGGUGUUAAACCCACAGACCCCUCUGCUGCUGCGCCUGAAAACUGCGGGAGCUUGGAGAUACUAGAGCACCAUCUUCAGGCUCUCAGAUCCAUGCCUGUCAACCUCUCCCUAAACAACAGCGCCACCACACAACAUCAAGGCUCCAAAUACGGAGCCACCUGCCUCACAGGUGACACCAGAGGAGGAGAUGGUAAAGGUGGAGGUGGGGUGACUCGGGCUCUGGUGAAAACCGAGGGCCAGACGUCCAUGGGAGUGUCCUGUUCUGGAGGUUCCUACCGAGAAGAACCCAGCGAGCAGAUAAGGAUGGUUUAUGAGCAGAGCCACUAUGAUUUGUCCCGUGCGGGGUAUUUGAAAGAGGAACAGAGAAGCACUCCAGACAGCACAUAUGAGGACACUGUGGAAGGAGAGAUGUACCACAGAAGUCCCUCCUCAGGAAUUGAUGAAUUUCACCACAGCCUGCCACUUCACAGCUUCCAGUACCGUCUGGAGGCCAGCAUGUCUCUGCGGCCUCGACAAGGAGAAGGACCCAUGGCUUACCUGAACCGGGGCCAGUUCUAUGCUCUGACAUUGUCGAAGGCUAGCUUCGGUUCGUCCCUAUGUCAGCCCAGAGGCAAAGUGCCGGUGAGUGGGCAGACAGCAUCACACGGACCUGAUGGGGGCCCAUCCAGUAAUGAACAAUGCACCAUGGAAGGCUCUGAGCUGCAGCGGGACACUAUUGUGCAGAGUGUUAUCAUGGUUGUCUUUGGGGAAGACAAGUGCAGAGAUGAGCAGCUAAAGAAUUGGAAAUACUGGCACUCCCGGCAGCACACUGCUAAACAGAGAGUCCUGGACAUUGCUGACUACAAGGAGAGCUUCAGCACGAUCGGGAACGUGGAGGAAAUCGCCUACAAUGCUGUCUCUUUCACAUGGGAUGUCAGUGAAGUAGCUAAGGUCUUUAUCUCAGUGAACUGUCUGAGCACAGACUUCUCCUCACAGAAGGGCGUAAAGGGGAUGCCUCUAAUAAUCCAGAUCGACACCUACAAUUACAAUAGCUGCAGGAGCAGGCCGAUCCACAGGGCCUUCUCUCAGAUUAAGGUCUUCUGCGACAAGGGUGCUGAGAGGAAGCUUCGUGAUGAGGAGAAGAAACAGCUCAGGAAGAGGAUGAAAGGGAAAAAUGGCAGCUCAGGGCCAACCUCUCCUCCCUUAAAGAGGGCAGACAACACACUGUUCAGAACCACGCUAGACCUGGACUCCCAGCCUGUACUCUUCAUUCCUGACGUCCACUUUGGAAACCUGCAGAGAGCCGGCCAGGUGUUUGCUUUCAACACUGAAGAGAUCGUCAGAGAUGGGAGUGUUCUGGUUAAAAGGAAGUCAUGUGUUGCUGAGGAUGAUGUCUGUUCACCUCAGUCCAAGAAGUCCAAAGUAGAACUGGAAAGGAAAGUUCUGCUCUAUGUGAGGAAGGAGUGUGAUGAAGUGUUUGAUGCCUUAAUGCUUCGUACCCCAACCCUUAAAGCACUGAUGGAGGCAAUCUCAGAGAAAUACGCAGUGCCUGUUGACAAGAUGGCCAAAGUUUACCAAAAAAGCAAAAAAGGAGUCCUGGUGAACAUGGAUGACACCAUCGUCCAGCACUACUCCAACGAGGACACCUUCAUCCUGGCUAUCGAGAGCUCAGCAGACUCCUUUUGUAUCACUCUGUCAGAAAUCUGAUGGUUUCACCAGUCAUCAUAUUGUCAGGCAGUGAUAAUCACGGGUGGCUGACGCUUUAGCCAUGCCUUGUGUAGCAGUUGUGAACAUUGGGAGCAGUAUUAGAUGAUGGCACCAAAAUGUGUUCCUUGAAGAAAGCCACUCAGGAGUCUACAUCCACCUCACCUGCUGCAGUACUCGCUUACUUUACAAGCUGGUGUAGGAGGAUUUCUUGUAUUUGUGGCUUGGGGGUGGGGGGUGUUAAAUAUUUCCUGGCUAACUACCUAUGCAAGUCUUGACUUUAGCUGACUGGAAUUAACUUCUUAUUAUCUGGUGAACCAGAGGAGAGGUCUUCAUCCAGGUCCCCACAGAGCAACCCGCCAGCUUGCUGUGGUUUCACAGGAAGAAGACAGCACAGAAUACAGUCGUCUUAUUGGAUUAACAGCAGGGACUGUUGCUUCCUCUGUGCUUUCUGCCAUCCUUCCUGUUACCUCUUAUAGUGGUAGAAGCUUUGAAAUGACUCAGUCAGAUGUUUGAAAGGCUCUUACCUCACAGAGAGACUAUGCAACAUCUUUUGCUGGCUUUAACAGAAAGUCAUGGCUUAUUGUUUUGUAUGUAUAUAAGAUUUUUAGAUGCGUCUCAAAUUGUUCUCAUGUCAAUAUUCUAAGCCAAAGUGGACCUUUCCUAAUCCGUCUUGGUUGUCCAUCUUUUUUUAUUGAUUGGUUAUAUUUUUACUGCAUACUAGUGCUUCCAAUCGGUGCCAGUGAAAUAACGGUUAUCCCAGGUUGUCAUUACAUGCUUGUGUCUCAGGGUUUAUAAUUGCAUGAGGCACCAUUAUGGAACAGGACAGUAAGUCUCCAGGAUGCCGUUAAACUGUUUUGCUUCCUCUGUGAAUGUGUUUAUUGCUUUUCCUCUCACUGAAGAGACUGUAGUCAUUAGUAUUUAUGACGUUAGUUAGGGACUUAUGAGGCCCAACUGUUCCAUCCAUUUACACAAUCCUUUUCUGAGGCUACUGCACACCAUCAGAGCUUAAGAAUCUCAUCACUCUGUUCCCACUCACUGCCUUUGUUUACACCUGAUUUACUGACAGCUUCAGCGUCCUUCGUUUGCUUCAUGCAUCUUGAUGUACAGUCUUUUAAAUGAGUCAAUAAAUAUAGUUUUAUAUGCA